AUAUUUGCCCAUCACUAAUUGACCUUGUGUUGUAACUCUGCGAUUUGGAGCCGCCAGUUAAUUGUGCACCGAAAAUACAAUGUGGACAUCAGCUGUAGCAAAAGUGAAGCCCAGAUUUCUUCUCAGCUCCUCAAUACACCCAUUAUUGAAAGAAGCCAAUCAUCAGAGAAGUUAUAGUGUGUUGUCUGCUUUAAGGUCAAAGAAACAAGCCAACUAUGUACCUCUACAUCUUGCAUGUGCCAACAUGGUUUCCACCAGAUGCAUUCAUUCAGAACAUCCAUUGGAUGACAGUAAACUCCUGUCCAAAACAAAAACAGCACCUGCCAUAGCUUUUUCCCAUGAAAUCAGCAAUGAUGCUGGCAAGUGUGACUCUGAGCUUGUUCAUCUGGCCUGUGAGUCUCAAACGGAUCCCAGUCAUGAUAAGUCACUUUCAGCACGUCUGUCCAGCGCCCCGCCGCAGUCAGACCCACCAGCGCCGAGCGAUGACCGUCUCCCCGUGGAGCGCGGGCGGGCGGGCGGCGCGCCGGUGCGGACCCGCGGCCUGGCGCCGUUCGUGGCCGCCUCGGCCGACCUGCGCCGGCUGCUGGCGCUCGGCGUGGACGUGUCCGGCUGGGAUCGGCGGCCCGGCAUCCCGCAGCUGGUGCUGCGCCUCCAGUGGGAGCGUGACAUGGCGCCGCGCAUCCGCUUCCUGCACGACGCCGGCGUGCCGAGUGACCGGCUGGCCGCCUUCAUCACGCGCAACCCGCUCAUCUUCAAGGAGCGACUCGACGAUCUCCAGGUGCGGGUCAACUAUCUGGAGGCAAAGCGGUUCACCCGGGAGCAGAUCUCAUCCGUGCUCUCCCGCGACCCCUUCUGGCUCAUGUUCAGCACGGCGCGCAUCGACCGUCGCCUGGGUCUGUUCGCUGGUCUGUUCGGGCUCCGAGCGACCGAGCUGCGACAGUUAGCGGCCAAGUGCCCGGACCUCAUCACCAGCAACGUGCAACACGUCAAGGACUCGCUAUUCGCAAUCAAAGAAGAGUUCGGGUUUGAGCGUGCAGAGCUGAAGCAGAUCCUUCUGGGGAAGCCGAAGGUGUUUAUGCUGUCGCGCUGGGCGCUGCAGGACCGACUUCAGUACCUUCACAACGAGAUGGGCCUGACACACGAGCUGAUCGCCGAGUCGCCCAACGUGCUGACGUACCGCUCGUGGCGCGUGCGGCAGCGGCACCUGAUGCUGAACAUGCUGCGGCGCGACCAGUACGACCGCAGCCGGCCCGGCUACGUCAGCCUGGACCGACUGGUGGGCACCACCGACGAGGAGUUCUGCCGCGACGUGGCCCAGGUGCCGGUCGCCUCCUAUAAUGAGUUCCUCAAGACAUUGUGAUACGGUGAUGCUGUGUUUGAAUGUGAAAUAGAAUAUUUUUUAUUUUGAA